AUGUCUAUAGUUACCUUUGAAAAACCUGUACCAAAAAUAUCAGAGUCUGAUUGGAAUUACAAAUUAAUUGAAUUAAGACAAUCUUGUGACAGAAGCAGGCGUUGUGCAUUUACAUUGGGAAAUGAAUCACAUAGAUUAAGGAAUGAGACCGAUCUCACUACGUAUUGGGGURCAUGCCGUACUAAUUCUAAUAUCGUUGAUAGACAAAGUGAAAUAACACGCUGGAAAAUUAAAAUUGAAUUAUGUUCAACAUACUUACAAAAAGAAAUUGAGCAGUUGAAAAUUGAAAAGAAAGAAAAUGAGAAAGCAAUAGAAUUUCAAAAUUUAAACUUUGCAGUUACCAAUCAUUGCUUAAGUAUAAGAGAUGAAAAAAAUGGUGAAGAUUUAUGCUAUGAUAUUGCUUCUGCUGAACUAAAACAAGAGCAAUUGGCUUUGGAGACGAUGAAAACAAUGUUGGCUGAAAUAUGUCAAAAAGCUUGGGAACAAAUUAAUAAGUUAGAAGAAUUACAAAUGAAUGUCAUCAAUGACUUAGAAAACAAAAAUAAUACAAUAGAAAUAGAUAGUGAAUUGUUGAAAAUGACAAAAGACUCAGAAAAUAUCUCCCUUAAACCAAAUCCACUUAAAAUUCCAAAACAAAUUAAUACAUACGAAAAGUGGCUGCAACAGUCUAUUAAUUUAAUGCAAAGUAUUGAACAUGAAUUGUUAAGUUCAGAAAAGUUGCGCGAACAAAUGUAUUUGUUACGACAUAAAACUAAAAGUGAUAUGGUAGCUCUCAACGAAAAAGUCAAUUUUGGUCUCAGAAAACAGAUUUACAACAUAGAAAGAGCUAAAUAUGAAUUAGAAUGGCAAAAAAAGAAUAUGAUAUUAGAUAAGGAGACACUGUUAAAAGAAAUAAAUAAACUCGAAGAUGCUUUACAUAGAAAAUUAAAUUCGAAAAAGUUGAUUGAGACACGGCACGAAGAAAGAUUGUAUAGAGAUGGAGUUGAACUAUGUCUUGAUAAACCUACAGUCGGAUUACAGGAAGAAAAUUUUCUACUCGAUAAUUCUACCAAAAUGUUGAGCAACAAGCUAAAUCAAACAAAAGCAAUGCAUACUAUACUUUCAGAGCACAUGAAUUUGAUAAACGAACAAUUAAGAAACAAAACUCAUGCGUUAAAUGUCGACCAGAAAUGCCUAGAGUACAGAAUACAGUUAGAAGAUCCAGAUCGUAAUUAA